AUAUUCCCUUCCCACUCCACACCUCCCACGGUCAGCAGUAGGCCCCAGAGGAGGAGCAGCGAGGCCUCAGGAGGACGGCAGCCACUGCUGGCAAGACGUUGGUGUUCUCCUGUUGAACUGCACAGGUUUUCAGCAUCAGACAAGGUCGCUCUGUGACCAUGAUGCGUCAAGACAAAGCAGGGUCACUUGGUAGCUAUCAUGGCUCAGCUCAUGCAAAACAUGGACAAAAAUGACCUCACACCCCCUCCCCUGUGUCUAUGUCAUGACCACUACCCCUUUGUCAAUUGCAGCGUUAGCUUUGGUCUUGUCUUCCUUCCUUCUAGGUAAGAUUGGGGAAGAUGCCAGGUGAUAGAAUCCACCCUGCCUCUGACAGCAUCCAAUCUGGAGCAAAGGCUUCUUUCAACCCUCCCCCAAGCUCCCAAUACAAGCCCAAAUUCUGGAACAAGUCCUUUCCAACACCUCCUUCAGAGAAGCUCCCUGGCUCCAGGCAGUGCUUGCUCCCCUCAUUGCAGCAGGAAGCCUAGCUUGCGAACUGCAGGUGUGCCCCAGGUGGUCACUGGAUGCAAGGUAUUGACAGAUGGAUCCCAUCGAUACCCCCACUGCAUAACCAUAGUGCAGUGAAUAGAAGACACUUCUCUGCACCCCAAAAGCUCCAUGCUGAUUGUGAGAAGGAAAUGCUGGAUGGAGGGGUUCCUGGAACUACUGUGAGGGUUUCUUUUGAUUUCUCCUGCUUAGAAAUGGUGAGAGAACUUUGAAUGUGGAAUGUGGAGGAGGAGGAACACGAAGUGGGGAUCUGCACUUGGGCUGGUCAGCACUGCGGAUGCCCAGCAAAGUCACUGCCUGGUCCACAUCCCAGAGGGGUCUCUGCGCCUCAGUUGGCACCGCAGCUGAUGGUGAAACUUUUGGUGUGGCAGAAGAGUGUCCACAAACUUCGGAAGGUAUCCGCUACAUCCUCCAUAGCCGUGUAUCGCUGCCCAGGGCAAUCUUCUGGGGGAGCGGAAAGUCCUGCUCAUGGGCCAGAGCUGGCUGGCUGGAGCCACUUGCGCGGCGCAGCCCUGGCGGAGAUUCAGGCGGCCCCGGUGUCGCAAGCGGCUGUGAGUGAUGCCUCCUUGGGGCCGGAGUGGUCCCAGGAAGGCUGCAGACCAGGGCUGACCAGCAGGCAGCAUGGUGGCCGCGAUGGAAGGUGACGGGGUUCGCAGCGCCAGGGCACCCAGCAGAGCCCAAGCCCGGGCAUCCCGCAUCUCCGGCAGCAUCGCGGGUAGGCCUGGCGCUGGUGAAGUGGCAGCCAGUGCACAAGGCCUACGACCCAGUCCCAGAGGCCAGCCCAUCGUCAGCUAACUUCAGAAACCCCGGGCCAGCUGAGGCCCCGGGCCCCAUGGGCAAGACAAAGGGCAGAGGGUCCGCAGGCGGGGCCGAGAGCAGGUAGUGCAGGCCUGGCUCCACCGCCGCGGAGCUCACAGGGCGCAGCAGGCACUGGGCAGUGACGAGGGCUUCCAGAUGAGGCUGUGCACCCCUGCAAAGGCUCCUGCCCGGCGUCCAGCCUAUCCGUGGAGACUCCACGUGCACCCCCUCCUCAUUGUCCUUGUCUAGGGCCGCGGCAGCGUCCUCGCUCCCAUGGUGUGACUCCGGGGUGCAGGAGCCUGGGCUGAGCAGGUGGAGUAGGGUGAGCUCCGCCAAGAACCCAGCAAGAGUGGCGCCCCAGGGCGGCACAGGAGGCCGCAUUUAACAUGUCAAUCAUCUGAAAGAUUUUAUGGCAUUUUUUUGACAUCUUAUAAAAUCUAUAAUGUUUAUUAUAUCUUGUGAUAUAAUUAUUAACACCACUUCAUUGUGAUUAUUAUGAUUAUUUUUAUACCAACACAUCUUCAAUUAUUAAUAUUCCCAGUUGCUAGAGAAAAAUGAAAACGACUAGUUUUGAAAGCCUCACUUCUGCCAAUGGAAGCACAUUACAGCAUGUCGCCAACGCAAUCCACUUUCCACCACUUUCACAAAAAGCGUUACUGCACAAUUAUACUAUCCUACCCUUAUAUACUUUUUGUGUGUGUGUGUACUUGUAUGUAUGUAUGUUACAUAGGUUAUAUAUAUAUAUAUAUAUAUAUAUACACACCAGAGAUGAACAAGGAUUAGAAAAUUAAAUGCACACAGGUCAUGCCAGUGCUAUGUAUAAUGUGGUGUACUAAGUAUAGAUGUUCAACAGUGUGGGAUCUAGGAUGGAACAAGACUCCUAGUCUUAAGCAAUUCUUUCUAGGUUCAGUCUCUGGAAAUAAUGCCUUGAAUCAAAUGUGCGAGAAAAUUAAUGGCUUUUAAAGACUAUUCUAUGUCAACUAUAACAUUUCAUUUGGGGAUUUCUGUCCCUUAUAAUAUCUACCUCAUUUUGGAUGGAUUCCUUGAGGCCUGUUUUAUUUUUCUUUUCCUUUCUACACAUCGCUGCUCAGAGUGAUGAAUGGAGUUGUAUUUUGAAUAAAAUAUCUAUGCAUCCUUUUGUGAGCAAGGAGCAUGAUGGUACUUAGACCUACCAUUUCUCGUUACGGUGGUUACGGUUACAGUGGGGCUGGGGUGUUUACCUGGAGCCUGGACGUCCACUGGGACAUGAUACCCACUGGGAUUUUUUUGUGUCAACCUGGUCUCUGAUGUCCACCUGGGGAUUGGGUAUCCACCUAAGGCCUGAUGUUUACCUGGAGCCAGAUGUGCACCUGAAACCUGAUGUCUAUCUGUGGCCUUAUGUUUCCCUGGGGACCGAUGCACACCUGAAGGAUAGGUAUUCACCUGGGGCCUGAUACCCACCUGUAGUAUGGGUGUCAACCUUGGGAUUAAUGUUCAUCUGGUGUCCACUGUCUACUUGGGGCCUGGUGUACACAUGGGGCCGGGGCAUCCACCUGAGACUUGAUGUUUAAUAUGGUCUGGAGUUCUUUUGGGGCCUGUUGUACCCUGGAGCCUGGGUGUAAACCUGGAGCCUGAUGUCCCAGGUGGACACCCGGGUCCCAGGUGAUCUUCAGGCCCUAGGUGAAAACUCCAGGCUCUAAGUGGACAACCAGGCCCCAGGCUGAUGUUUACUGUGGCCAGAUGUCUAUUAGGCCCCAGGUGAAAACUCCAGGCUCCAAAUGGACAACAUAGCCCCAGGUUCCAGGUAGACAUUGGAAUCCAAAUCAACACCAGGCCCCAGAUGGACACCCAGGCCUGUGGUGGACAUCAGACUCCAGAAGGUCAUCUGGCUCGAGGUGGACAUCAAGCCCCAGGUGGAUACAUAGUCCCCAGGUGGAUACCUAGUCCCCAGGUGGAUACAAAGUCCCCAGGUGGAUACCUAGUCCCCAGGUGGAUACCUAGUCCCCAGGUGGAUACAUAGUCCCCAGGUGGAUACAUAGUCCCCAGGUGGAUAUCUAGUCCCCAGGUGGAUACCUAGUCCCCAGGUGGAUAUCAGGCCCCACUUUGACACCAGUCCCUGGGUAGAUACCUUGGCCUCAGGUGGAUAUCCAGUCUCUAGCUAAGCAUCAGGCUCCAGGGGGACCCAGGCCCUAGCUGACUGGGGACUAGUGUUCAUAUGGGGCCACAUGUCCAUCUGGGCCCUAGGUGUCAACUUGUAGCCUGAUGUCAACCUGGAAGCUGGUGUUCACCAGAGAGGACUAAAGUCCUCCUGGUGCCUGGUGUCCAACUUGGGACUUUAUGUCCACCUGGAGACCAAUGUCCACUUGGGACCAGAUGUCCAACUGGAGCAAGAUGUCCACCUGUAGCCUAGAACUUCACCUAAGGCCUGAUGUUCCCCAGGGCCUACAGAGCCUAUGUAUCUACCUAGGGACUUGUGUCCAGGUGGGGCCUGAGUUCCAUCUGGGGCCUGGAAUUAACCUGGGACCUGAUGUCCACGUGAGGCCUGGGUGUUCCUCUGGAGUCUGAUAUCUAUCUGGGGCCUGGGUGUCCUCCUGUGGUCUGAUGUCCACUUGUAGGCUGGUGUCCACCUGGGGCCUGGGUGUCCACCUAGGAACCUGAUGUAUACCUGAAGUCCAGUGUCUACGUGGUUACUGAUGUCUACCAGGAAAGUGAUAUAAACCUGGGUCCUGAUAGCCACCUGGGCCCUGAGUGUCCACAUAUGUUCUGAUUUCUGCUUUUGGCCUGAGUGUAGGGCCUGAGUGCCACCUGGGUCCUGAUGUUCACCAGGAACCUAGAUAUUCACUUGGGGCUUGAUGUUCACCUGGGGCCUAAUGUCCAUGUGAGACCUGGUAUUCACCUAGAGCCUGGGCAUCCACCUGUGGCCUGAUGUUCAGUUGGUGACUAGGAAUUCCACUAAGGCUUGAUGUCCACCUGGGGCAUAAGUAACCACUUGUGGCCUAGUGUUGCCCUGAAGCCUAGGUGUCAACCCAGGGCAUAAUGUCUUCUUGGGGCCUGCUGUCCACCUGCAGACUGGUGUCUACAUAGGGCCUGGUAUCCACCUGGGGUCUGGUGUCUGCCUGGGGCCUAGUGUCCACCUGAAGACUGAGUAUAGAUCUCAGAUCUGAUGUGUGCCUGGGGCCUAUUUAUCCACCUGGGGACUAGCAUUCAUCUGGGGCCUCGUGUCCACUUAAGCCCUGGGUGUCAACCUGGUGCCUAAUGGCCACCAGGGAUCUAUGUACUCACUUGGGGCCUGGUGCUCCCACAGGGCCUAGGUAUACACCUGGGGAAUGAUGUGCAGGUGGAGGUGGAUGUCUUCCUGGGUGCUGGUGUUCACCUGGGGACAAGGAUCUCCCUGGGGACCGGUGUUUAUUGUGAGCUUCAUAUGCACCUUGAACCUGCUGUCUACCUAGGGCCUGAUGUCCAUGUUAAGGCUGGGUGUCCACCUGGGACCUGGUUGUCCACUUGGGGCCUAAUGUCCACCUAAGACCUAGUGUUCACCUAGGGCCUGGGUGUCCACCUGGAGCCUGAUGUUCAGCUGGAGAUGCAUCCACCCGAGACCUAGGUAUCCACCCAGGGUCUGGUGUCGAGCCGGGGUCUUAUGUCCACCUGGGGACUAGAUAUCUACCUGAGGCUUGAUGUCCACCUGGAGCCCGAUAUCCACCUCAGAGCUGGGUGUCCACCCAGGUUCUGGUAUCCACCCGGAGCCUGGUGUUCAUCUGGGGCCCAGUGCCCACCUGGAACCUGGGUAUCACCAUGGGGCCUGGAUGUCCACUUGGAACGUGAUGUGCACGUGGGACCUGAGUUUCCACCUAGGGCCUGAUGACCACCUGAGACCCAGGUGUCCACCUGGGGUCUGAUGUCUACCUGAAGCCUAGGUAACCACCUAGGGCAUGGUGUUACCUGUGCCUUGAUUUCCACCUGAGCCUGCUGUACACCUGGGGCCUGGGUGUCCAUCUGAGGCCUGAUGUACACCUCAAGUCCAGUAUCCACUUGUGGCCUGAUGUCAACUUGGAAGCUGAUAUCCACCUGGGGACUGAUGUUCUCCUGGGGUCUGAUAUCCAACUGGGAUCAGAUGUUCACCUAAGGCCUGGAGUUAAUCUGGGGCCUGAUGGUCACCAUGGUCCCAGGUGUCCACCUAGGGCCUAGUGUCCAACUAGGGCCUGAUGUCCACCUGGAGUCUAGUAUCCGCCUUGGUCCUGAUGCUACUUGAGGCCUGGGUGUCUUCCUAGAACCUGAGUCCCCAACUGGGCCCUGAUGUCCACCUGAGGCCUGGUGUCCUUAUAGGGCCUGAUAUCUACCUAAGGCCUGGGUAUCCUCCUACAGCCUGAUGCUCACCUGUAGGCUGGUGUCCAUAUGGGGCCUGGAUGUUCACCUGUGAGCCUGAUGUACACCUGGAGUCCAGUGUCCCCUUGGUUACUAAUACGUACCAGGAAAAUGGUAUAUACGUGGGGCCUGAUAUACACCUGGAACCUGUGUGUCCACUUGAGCCCUGAUGUCCACCUGGGGCCUGUUGUUUACCUGGGGCCUCUAUCCACCCACUACCAAAAGUCAAGUUGGGAAAAGGGCCCAGGAUAGGUGAGGAGCACAGAACAGGGACCUCAUUCAUAAGAAAUUCUGUUGUAGAAUAUGUGCUCUAAGCUCUUAAAACAGCCUCUGCCUCAGGAAAGACUGUCCAGGGCAUAGGAAGCCCACACACAGGGUGGGAUUACAAGUUUGCAUCUGGCACGGCUGGGAGCCCUGGGGGCCUCUGCCCUUUUGGCCGCGUUGUCCCCUGCAUCUUAGGGUGGUGGGAUUCUGGGCUCUGAUUGCAGCAGGUGGAUUCACUUAGCUCUCCUCCCCUUUUAGCAUUACUGUCUUCUGUAAUAAACCUCUCACUUUGA